AUGUUGAACCCCAAGUUGACCCCAAUGCACUCUUGUGACUGAGUAGGUGCCUCAAGGCCAUCCGCAGUGAUAAAAGCUGCAAAACUGUGACUGUGGAGAUGAACCGGGAGAACGCAGCCAUUUAAGGCACCAGAUUUUUGAAGUUGGAGAUCGAGAUGGGAAAAUUAACUAUUGAUUCCGAGGCUAUUGAAACACCAUACCACCUGACCCUAGAUUGACAAACGUUUCACGCCGACCCAGCUAGGGACACGGUCUGGCACACUAGUCCUGCGGUGCGGCUGAGUCACUAGAUUACAAUGUCUUUGUUGUGUGUGCGUGUUGCCACAUUCCCCCACCGGUCUGUAUACUGCCGGAUCAUGUUUGCACAAUGUUUGACCGUAGAGCUAGCUACGGCGUGUGUGACACAGUACUCGUUGUCCCUUGUCUUAUGUUCAUAAACAUGUCUCAGAAAAACUGCCGAACUCGGUUUAGUCACGGAGCUAUUGAAAUGUACCAAUACAACGGUGAAUUGUAAAGUUAAUGUUUGAAGAAAAACACAGUUUGGCACAAGGAGGUGAGCCAAGAAGCUGACAAGUGGACUGCAAAAAACCAAGGAAUGAACUAUAAGUUCUAAACUGAAUGGUUUCUUGUCACGGGUCACCGAAGUGAGCAUGUAGAGUUGAUUACGUGGAUUUAGAAUUACUGCAGAAAUGACCAUGGAGCAAGACUCGACGGAGGGCGAAAUGUUGGUUAGUGUGAACUCGAACAAGGGAAUGCCGACGGUACCCUUGUCGGAAGAUAGGCAAAACACCGUCUGUCGUGAUUAUCCAACUUGCAGGCCACUUGGUCCUGAUGGAGAUUCGGAAAGGUCGCAGAUCAAGGGGCUUCGUACACGAGGAAACAGUCCGUCUGGUAUUUUGCUUUCCUCCAAUCCGAGCCACCGACGACGGACGCUUCAAGACAUGACCAAGCCCCUCAAGACGUGGCUGUACGAGAACAGAAGCAACCCAUACCCAACCAAGAAGGAGAAGGUCGCUCUGGCGGCAGACUCCGAGAUGACCCUGGUUCAGGUAUCCAACUGGUUCGCUAAUGCCAGACGAAGGCUCAAGAACACCGCCCAAAAACCUGGACUUACCUGGAGCAAGAGAGUCAAGUUGUGUAACAGACAAGCAUCAGACAACGCCGAAGGGCUAAGUGUGGCGAGCUCCGCGUCUGAGGAAUUGGGUGUCUCCAUCAGAGAAGAAACUGAGAAGGUCAUGUGUCCAGACCAUCCCUGUGUUAGUGCACCAAGGUGGGCCAGUAGCUGCGGUUUGCCAGCUGGGUCCCCGGCGGUGAUAAGUCAGAAUGAUUCCAGUCUUGAGGGCUCUCCUCCUUCACCGGCAUUUUUCCCCGAGACGACAAACUCGCAUAAGUUCAAGCAGAGUAUCCUCCACAGAUACCUCAACGACUCGAUCGCACUCCAACGAAGUGGAUACCACUUGCCCCAGUCUCACGAGUUCGCCACUGGCGGGACAGUGAGAUACAGUGAGUCUGUAGACUCGUCCUGUUCACCUACAAGCAUCGGGAGCGACGGAAACCAGUCGGCGUUCCAUGAUGAGUGCGCCCUCUGUGCCGAUUACCGACCGAGGCCUGAUCAGGUACAAAGCAGACCAAUCAGUAAACAUGGAGACGUCAGCUGUCGGCCAGCCGCUGACGCAGACGAGAUAUACUGGAAGGAAAUCAUCGCUGCUGUGGUGCUGACGAACAUGGCUCGGGCGAAGCAGCUUCGACAGGGACUUCUCUGAGUGAAUCCGAAGUCUCGCGAGAACCUUCGGCACAAAUCACAGAAUUUGGAGAAAAAGCGGCGUUACGACGAGACACGCAGCGUUCUACUGUAUUUGCACAUUUUUUUUUUCGUAAAUUUAUACAGUUAUAUUUUCUACAAAAUAGUUUUCCUUUUCUUUUUUGAAGAAUACAUGUAUAUAGAUAAAGAUUGUGUAAGAUUUUCGUGGUUUGGCAAACCACGAAAUCAUCGUGCAACCGUCUUAAUGGGAAAAUUCUGUCAAAACUGUUUUUUCUAGAAGGCAAAUACUUGGCCUUUGUAUUUUUUGACUUGUGUCCGAGCCUAUUCGUUGUUUACCCAAUAUGACGUGCGCUGAUUGUCGCGUUAUCGGCAUUAGUCUCCCACUGCAACCACCGGAUUGCAGGGAAUUGAAGGGCGCCUUCAAGUUUUCUCGGUUGGAAGGACUGGUGUCGUGAUAAAGAUUCGUUACACGAGGACACCAUAACCGUGUCUCUGUUCCGUCUCCUUCGUCAAGGCGCGCAGCAUAGCGGAAAUGGUCCCAGACUGACCGAAACCGUUCUGUACGACCACUUUCUUGUGUGAAGUGCCGAGAUUAAGUAACAGUUUGGGAAGACAGGAAACGAAGACCGUCCUAGAUUUUGUUCAUGGACAAAAAGAGAGUCCAUAAUGCAACUAGAUACCCCAAGGUGCUGACUAUCGAGUGUUUUGUUCUCCAUCUUGACACAAUUAUAUCAGAAAUGAGUAUUAUUCAACAUACUCAAAGAUUCAUUAAAAAGGGCUAUUUCUGGAGGGAUUAUUCUCGCAAGCUCUCAAAUAACGAUAUAUUAGUUUUACAUUCUGAAGUUGCAUCUUAAGUGAGUGAUGAUGUCAAUGUGUAAAGUUUUUGUUUGAAAAAAAAAUUGUUGUUACCAAUUCUUUCCUCCAACAGCCUGAAACCUUAACGUGUUCAUCAGCACUCGGCAUUUUCUUUGGACCUCUGAUUUUAUUCCCUUUUAUCAAGUAACUGUACACUUUUGAGUAGUCUUCCAUUUCUGUGUAGAGAAUAUUUUGGAAAACUUAUGUGACAAAACUUGACAGCAGAACAUGGCUACACGACGAUUGAA